GGCAUUGGACACGCUAUGGUAAACAUACUGCAUUGUCUGGUGACCAUCUCUGUGGAUGGGAUCCUCACCACAACAGGCUAUACCCAGGAAGACUACACCAUGCUGGGGUCUGAUGACUUCUUCUACGUGGGUGGGAGUCCUAGUACGGCUGAUCUACCUGGUUCUCCUGUCAGCAACAACUUCAUGGGCUGUCUGAAAGAGGUGGUCUAUAAGAAUAAUGACAUCCGUCUGGAGCUCUCCCGUCUGGCUCGCAUCGUAGACCCCAAGAUGAAGCUCCAGGGUGAAGUGGUGUUUAAGUGUGAAAACGUACCCACCCUGGACCCAAUCAACUUUGAGAGCCCUGAUUCCUACCUCAGCCUGCCCAAGUGGAAUACCAAGAGGGUCGGUUCCAUCUCCUUCGAUUUCAGGACCUCCGAACCCAACGGACUCAUCCUCUUCACCCAUGGCAAGGCCCAGGACCGUCGCGAUGCGGCAGGGAAGAAGAACAACAAGGUGGACUUCUUUGCUGUGGAGCUGCUAGAUGGAGGGCUGUACCUGCUGCUGGACAUGGGCUCGGGAACCAUCAAGGUCAAAGCCACACAGAGCAAGGUCAACGACGGAGCCUGGCACCACGUGGACAUUCAGAGGGACGGACGAUCAGGCAUCAUCUCAGUCGACAGUCGGAGGACCCCCUUCACAGCCAGCGGCGAGAAUGAGAUCUUAGACCUGGAGGGAGACCUCUACCUGGGUGGUCUCCCUGACAACCGGGUAGGCCUGGUGUUACCUACCGAACUGUGGACGGCCAUGUUGAACUACGGCUAUGUGGGCUGCAUCAGGGACCUCUUCAUCGACGGACGCUCCAAAAACAUAAGGGCCAUCUCCGAGUCUCAGAACACCACAGGCAUCAGGCCCACCUGCAGUAAAGUGACAGGGAAACAGUGUGACAGUAAUCACUGUAAGAACAACGGAGUCUGUAAGGAAGGGUGGAACCGCUUCAUCUGUGACUGCACCGGGACUGGGUUCUGGGCCACCACGUGUGAGAGAGAGGCGUCUAUCCUGAGCUACGACGGCAGUAUGUACAUGAAGGUGGUGAUGCCUGACGUGAUGCACACAGAGGCAGAGGACGUCUCCCUACGCUUUAUGUCCCAGCGUGCAUUUGGGCUCCUCAUGGCCGCUACCUCCCGGGACUCUGCCGACACGCUCCGUCUGGAGCUGGACAGCGGCCGUGUCAAACUCACGGUCAACCUAGACUGUGUCAGGAUAAACUGUAACACCAGCAAGGGACCAGAGACUCUAUAUGCGGGACAAAAGCUCAAUGAUAAUGACUGGCACUCUGUCAGAGUGGUCCGACGCGGUAAAAACUUCAAACUGACAGUCGAUGAAGACAUGUCUGAAGGUACUAUUACUGGCGACCACACCCGUCUGGAGUUCCAUAAUGUGGAGACAGGCAUUCUGACAGAGAAGCGUUUCAUCUCGUCCUCCCCCUCCUCUUUCAUUGGACACCUGCAGGGCCUGAAGUUCAACGGUAUGUUCUACAUUGACAUGUGUAAGAAUGGAGAUAUUGACUUCUGUGAGCUCAACGCCCGCUUUGGCAUGCGCUCCAUCAUUGCUGACCCGGUGACCUUCAAGUCCAAGGGCAGCUAUUUGGGGCUUGCCACCCUGCAGGCCUACACCACCAUGCACCUGUUCUUCCAGUUCAAGACCACAUCGCCGGACGGAUUCAUACUGUUCAACAGUGGAGACGGGAACGACUUCAUUGCUGUGGAGCUGGUCAAAGGGUUUGUCCACUAUGUGUUUGAUCUGGGUAAUGGGCCCAGUCUACUGAAGGGGAACAAUGAGAGAGCUCUGAAUGACAACCAGUGGCACAACGUAGUCAUCACGAGGGACGCCACCAGCACACACACACUGAAGGUGGAUGCCAAGUCUGUCACACAGAACAUCAACGGAGCCAAGAACCUAGACCUCAAAGGGGAUCUGUUUGUGGCAGGUCUGGGGCCCAACAUGUAUCAGAACCUUCCUAAGCUGGUGGUCUCUAGGGAGGGUUUCCAGGGCUGUCUGGCAUCUGUCGAUCUCAACGGCCGUCUACCUGACCUCAUCAAUGAUGCCCUGUUCCGCUCAGGACAGAUCGAACGUGGCUGUGAAGGACCCAGCACCACCUGUCAGGAGGACUCCUGUACCAACAUGGGCGUGUGUAUUCAACAGUGGGAGAACUUUACCUGCGACUGCACAAUGACCUCUUACACAGGGACACAGUGCAACGACCCUGGUACCACGUAUAUCUUCGGUAAGGGCGGGGGUCUGAUCACGUAUACGUGGCCUAACAACGAGAGGCCCAGCACGCGUACCGACCGUCUGGCUGUGGGCUUCAGCACCACCAUCAAGGAUGGAAUCCUGGUUCGCAUCGACAGCGCUCCACGACUAGGGGACUACAUCAUGCUACACAUCACGGAAGGCAAGGUGGGCGUGACGUUCAACAUCGGCACGGUGGACAUCAGUGUGAAGGAGUUAAACACUGCGAUCAAUGACGGGAAAUAUCACCUGGUUCGAUUCACAAGGAAUGGGGGGAACGCCACCCUGCAGGUGGACAAUUGGCCAAUCAACGAACACUUCCCCGCAGGACCAAGCGACGUUGAGCGCUAUCAAAUGGGUAAUAAGAAAAUCCCAUUCAAUUAUAAGAGGCCGGUAGAAGAUUGGCUGCAGGAGAAAGGCCGGCAGCUCACCAUCUUCAACACCCAGGCGGCCAUCUCUAUAGGUGGUAAUGACCGUAAACGUCCCUACCAGGGCCAGCUGUCUGGCCUCUACUACAACGGACUAAAGGUCCUCAACAUGGCCGCCGAAGGUCACGCCAACAUCAAGGUGAACGGGAGCGUCCGAUUGGUGGGUGACAUGCCCACCAGUAGGGGCGCUGCCCGCACCACCACCUCUGUGCCACCUGAGAUGUCCACCACCUUCAUAGAGACCACUACGACUCUGUCAACGACCACCACGAGGAAACAGCGCUCCCCACCCACCAUUCAGACGACAGAUGACAUAGUAUCGUCGGCGGAGUGCUCCAGCGACGAUGAGGAUCUGGAGGAGUGUGAUUCCGGACACGCAGGAGGGGAGUUAGUCAUCCCCAUACUUGUAGAGGAUCCCAUAGACAUCCCUCCUGUUUCCCCCCGUUCCCCCUUCAUCCCCCUCCCCCCAACCCUCCGCCCUGUCCUCCCAACCCUCCGCCCCGUCCUCACCAUUUUCGAGACCACAAAAGCGUCCCUGCCCAUGGCCACUGAGGCGGGGGUACCUUGCUUGUCGGACCGAGACAGCGAUGAAUGUGAUGAUGGUCUUGAUGGUGAUGGUGGUGAUUAUGAUGGCAUGGUGAUGUCGGGGUUUGGCUCUGGCGAAGCUUUCGACUCUAGCCUGCCCCCCACUGACGAUGAAGAUUUUUACACCACCUUCUCCCUGGUAACAGAUAAGAUCUUGACCACGUCGUCCUACGAAGGUGGCUACAAAGCUCUCGCGCCCAAGUGGGAGGCCAAGGACUUGAGGCCUAGUAAAGCCUCAGAGGCGGGUAGGACUACACCCACCCCGCCUCUACCCAACCUCGGGGGCACUGUAGCAGAGGCGUCCCUCCCAUCAGACGGCACGCUAGCCAAACUGCCCGCCGGGAAAAUGGACAACCGCGAAGUGAUCAAAGCCCUGCAGCCGGACAUAGUCCUGCUUCCUCUGCCCACUGUGUCCUUCGACCUGGAUGGCACCAAGCCUCGUGGGCCCCUCAUCACCUCACCCAUGCUGCGUACGGUGCCUCCCGCGUUACCCACCGCACCAGUCGUGAGGCGGGUGCCCCCGGGGGCCUCUGAGGUGAUACGAGAAUCCAGCAGCACAACGGGCAUGGUGGUUGGCAUCGUCUCGGCCGCGGCACUCUGCAUCCUCAUCCUCCUCUACGCCAUGUACAAGUACAGGAACAGGGACGAAGGCUCCUACCAGGUAGACGAGACACGGAAUUACAUCAGCAACUCAGCGCAGACCAACGGCACCGUGGUGAAAGACAAAGCACCCAGCGGGGGCAGUGGCGCCAAGGGAUCCAGCGGCAAGAGACCGAAAGACAAGGACAAAGAAUACUAUGUAUAAGGACAAAGAAUAUGCAUAAGGACAAAAAAUACUAUAAAUGAACCUAUCCCAACAACAACAAAAGAUAACUGUUUGGAGAAAAUCUGAAUAAACACUUGACAGUACCAUAUUGGGAGCUGCAAUUUAAAACGGAAUACAAAUCCUCUCAUAAGAACUCUAAGUGAAUGAGUCCAAGUUGAACCUUUUUCCAAUGUACUGUGACCUAAAAGCACACUUACUAUGGUAAGCAUACAGAGAAACAGGCUGAUAGGGACACUACUAUAAGAUACCUUGUGACGAGAUGACUGAGCUCUGCCUGGAGACGUUGCCAGAGGUUUGGCAGUGUAAGAUAUUUCAGUGUUACAUCGCUCCCAAGUGACUGUGAGAGAUUUGUGAUCCUUGGCGUAAACAACAUUGUCCAUUGUAACCCUGUAAAAUGACAAAACAAACAACCAUCAUUUCGGCCAUUCGGAGCAUGUGAGAUGUACGUGAUGUGGUGCUGGCAUCUGUAUAAGUGAGGGACCUGAAGAUUUAAAAAAAAAACAGUCGUUGAAGUUUGAAAGACAAAACAUAAUUAACAUACAAAUGGUACAUUUCUAUACCUAGUGUUGGAUGAGGUAAGGUUUGUGUGUGGUAGCUAAGGUGUCUUUUAAACCCACCUAUGCGUUCUGAGGGAUGAAACAUUGUCAGGGCUGACCAGGCUAUGCUCAACGAAUAGUAGUAUCGUACUGCAUUUCAAUUUAUUAUUUAGCUUUUUUUCCCCUCUCUCAAAAAUGGAUUGGACUGCUAUGCAUGACGUCCUCGAUCUAGAUGGUAUUCCACCAUGUUGGAGGGGAUGCACCAGUAAAACAUGUGUUUUUUAAUGAGAUCUUUUACAGAACAUCCCUGAUAGCAGUUUUAUUUCAGUUCAUUCAGGUUUCCAUAGACCACUGGCUCAGUUAUUUGUUUCAUGCUGUUUGUAGAAGUAAAGUCAUUAUGUCUGUGGGGUUUUUGGUCAACUAUUGAAAACAACGUGACUAAAGAAGAGUUAUCCAAUGUGAAAAGUUUUGAAUUUGUAUCUGUUGUCACAGUCAACUGUGUCAAAACAAAUAUGUUUACAUAUUUUAUUACAUCAUAGCCGUCGUAUUUUGCAGGUCAAUAUUGUACAAAACAUUUUAGUUUCCGUUUUAGUUUUUUUUUUAGCAUUGUACAGACAUAAUUUGAGCUGAUUUCCUUUCUCGGUGUACUAAAUGACGACGAUCUAACGUUUUUUACCCAAUGUUUGGUAAGACUGGAGAUAGCGUACUUGUAUUUUUUUGUAAUCGAAAGGAGUAAAAUAUUAUUAGGUUAGAAAAUCUAGUCUUUCUGGAUGGUGUUUCUAAAACGCAUGAAUAUUUUACAACUGGAAGACAUCAGAUAUCAGUCAAAUAGAAAGAUGCCCACCCAGAUAUUGUACUAGGGCCUCCUGAUUCUGGAUGACUUUGAUUGACAUCAGAUAUCAGUCAAAUAGAAAGAUGCCCACCCAGAUAUUGUACUA